CCCCCUAUCUUUAAAAACCACAAAAAAAAAUCUUAUAUCAUAAGCUCAAAAACAACACCAUCACCACAACAAAGAAUCCCUUAGCUCCAUUGUCAUCACUUCAAUAUUCAAGAAUAUUUUUUACUAACUAAUAGUUCUCAAAAAGAAGUUGUGAUUAUUAUUAUUAUUAUUUCAAUGGCAAUUACAACUUCAAUUGCAGCAACUUCUUUUUCUUCAUGUAUUAGUGGUGAAGAUUAUGGUAUGUUUAUUAGAAAAGUGCAACCAUUAAUGAGUGUUGGAACUGGAAAGGCAGUGAGAUCAAGGCCAAUGAUGAAGAAUGUUAAUGAAGGGAAAGGGAUAUUUGCACCACUUGUUGUUGUCACUAGGAAUAUUGUUGGCAAGAAAAGAUUCAAUCAACUUAGGGGCAAAGCUAUUGCUUUACACUCUCAGGUAAUCACAGAGUUUUGCAAAUCAAUAGGAGCAGAUCAGAAGCAAAGGCAAGGAUUGAUUCGAUUGGCAAAGAAGAAUGGUGAAAGACUUGGAUUUCUUGCUUGAUGGCUCAUAAUUAAUAGCAUUGCCAAUGGAAAAAUGUGUUAUGAUCAAAUAGCUAUAGCCUUUUGUGUAAUUGAGACAAAUCAAUCAGAUACAACUUAAUUAUCUGUACUAUUCAAACAUAUAUAUAUAUAUAUAUAUAUAUAUAUAUAUAUGCUUUGUAGUCUAGAAAAUACUUUCUUCAAGAUUUCAGUUUUGAACUUUUCA